ACAAUCGUGGUAUAUUUCACCAGAUGGUCGCUAAACCUAUCCAGGAACACGGCUUUGAGCGGCAUAUACUUACUAAAAUGCAAUCUAAAUCUUGAGAUAGGUUCGACUGGAAGACACACUCAAACGCCGGCGGGUGAUUGGACACCACGACCACUAUGACAAUCCAAGGAGCUAGGAAGCCAUUUUCAGAAAAAUUUUCUGCGAUCAAGUCAUGAUUCAGAAUGACAAGAGUUGUGCGCGAGUUCCACAGACUGCGAUUCGCGCAGUAUCAUUUUCUUGCGCACGUCUGACAGUCCGCUCACCACGAAAGAAGUAGCGCGUGUUGUCAGAAGCUACACGAGCCGCAAUGCGCCUCGUAGACUGCGUGAGCCUCCUGUUGGUGAUAACAGCCCUCCUUCUAGCGAGCUGCGACGCUAGCUCCGCCACUAUGGGUGCUGACCGAACGAGCACUGCCAUGGUUGCGCCGAUCGAUGGUCUAUUAUCAACUCAAGGCGGCCAUGAACGUCAAAAGAGAUAUCUGCGAAGCGAUGCUACAACUGCGAAUGACGAGGCGAGGGAGAUCAUACCCGCGAGCGUGCGAAUAGCACUCAAGAGACUUGUGACAAAAGAUGAAACUAUUUACACCCAUGGAAGAGGUGAAGGAGGCGAGAAGGAAUGGUGGGCAAAAGUACUGAAGUAUUACACGAAAGCCAAGGAAAAAUUCGACAAAUAUUUCCGGACACCGUUCUGGUAUUUCCGAUUCCUUGUAUGGGCUGCGAACAAGCGAACUCCAGAGAUGAUGUACUACAAGCUGAACGUUAUCUCGACGACAGGCAUAGGCGACAAGAACUAUCGCAUCUACGUCAACUACCUGAGGUUCUACGAGUUCUUUCACGGCCCGACGUACAAUCCCCUUAUCGUUUAUGGGCCAAAGUUGAAAACAGACUAACUAGACUAGAGCAGUCAGUGAAUUGAAAUACAUAAAGUAUGCUAUCUUUUUGUCUGCUUUUAGGACAAAAGAGUUGUGAGUUCUAGACGCACUCCUUCCGAUGGUAACAUUACCCCAAGAUGUCGAUCAGUG